AAUGUCGACUCGUCUGUUUGACAGUUCCAAUUCAAAAAAAUCAACACAAAAGAAAAGCUUCCAAUUUUGUGAAUUUUUUCAAUUUUCCGGUAAAUAAAUCGAGAAAUAAAACUGAAAAAUGUCUGAAAAACCGAAAUUGGACCUCGGCCUUCUCGAAGAAGACGACGAAUUCGAGGAAUUUCCCGUUGAAGAUUGGACUGGUAAAGAAAAAGAUGACCAGGACAUCAGCGUAUGGGAGGACAACUGGGAAGACGAUAAUGUCGAUGACGAUUUCAAUAAGCAAUUGAGGGCCCAGUUGGAGAAACAGAAGGCAAAACAAGGAUAAAUCAAAAGGCAACACUGUUAUUCUCAUUAAUAUUAAUUAAAAUAAGUUUCUUAUAAUAAAAACAUUAUAUGUAAUCCAUGUCGUAUCUUUCAGUCUCAGUCCGAGCUCCCACUGCACAAGACAACAAAGCUUGUAUACUCC